AUGGCGGCUCAACAAUCGAAAUGGCAAUACUUCUUCCUCAGUUUCUUUGCAUUGCUCGCUAUGCGCUAUGCCAGCACUACGGCCGCUACUCCACAAGCGCCGCAAGAGAUUGUUCAGCCUGUCUGUCAGUCGGUUGACCAGCCAAAUCCUAUUGCGUCAAUAUACCCGAUGAACGCGACGGGAACAUUGAACGGCACAGUUUCGGUACUACCGAUAUCCCUGGAGCUUGCACGUCAGCUCAUUCCGUCGCAAUACCGCAUCUUGGAACAUGCAUACCGACAUCUCCUUCCUUCGUUUCCUGAAGGAAUGUAUCCAGCUGUACUCCAGGCAGUACACGAUCACGAAGUACAAGCUUUCGGGUACCAGAUACCCGAUUUUUCGCGUAGUGGCAUUGAAUUCCCCUUCCUGGAUCUACUAGGCGACAAUACGACAUCAUUCAAGUGGGCACCAUCACUUCUCAUGUCUGCCGAGAACGCAAUCGCUCUCAAAGGUGCGGCAGACUACGGAACCAAGACCUACCCCUCUUCUUUCGAGCCCGCCUGUGACGCGUACAGUGCUGUACCCGAUGCCAAGGAGCCAGGAACAACCUCGUUCAGCGCAAAGAGUUCUAAUUCUAGCGCUGCAUUCGUCAGCACGCGGUUGUCGUUGUCGACAGAGGAAGUCUACCCAAUUGGCUUCUUCAUGAACGUCACGAACCAAGUGACAUUUGCAGAUGGCAAGACGUGCGACAACAUGAUUCGUCUUUUCAAUACUAGCCUGACGACGAGUCCCAACACGAUCGAGACAGUCAAGGGUACCGUGAAAGCUAAGAUCUUUCCCUUUGACACCGAGAAGGAAUGGGAAUGCGCGCAUGGAAUCAGGCUAGACACGGCGUUUAUCGAGAACAACUACCUGCCUUGUGAGAACUUCCGGAAUUAUGGCGCUUAG